AUUAACUAUUUCUCGGGUAUAAGUGCUGUGGCACACCAAAUAAUUUACAUUUAACAACACAGAUCCACAAACGAGUAGUGGCUUUUUUUUCGCUAGUUUUUUUUCGUGUUUGCAAAAUGGCGGUUGUAAUUAGAUCCCUCUCCCUACUCCUAGUGGUAUCAACCGCGCUGGCGCAGUUGGAAGACUACCACGGAUACGAAGACCACGGCUUCCUUCACCACGAGCCUAUCCAUCAUCAGAGCUUGGACGAACACCACGAGGGCGACUAUGACUUAGAUUACCAUGCGCACCCGAAAUAUUCGUUCGAUUACUCGGUAAAGGACCCUCACACAGGAGACAACAAGGAGCACUGGGAGACCAGAGAUGGAGAUAAGGUCAAAGGGACCUAUACUCUCACCGAAACCGACGGAACAAAACGAGUAGUGGAGUACGAAGCAGAUGACAAAAACGGAUUCAACGCAGUCGUCCACAAGAUUGGCACACCCAAAGAAGAACAUAAGUUCGAGGCCCCACAUAAGUUUGAAGCCCCACAUUAUGAAGCCCCACACUUUGAGGCCCCACACAAGUUUGAGGCCCCACAUAUCGAGCCGCAUUACCAACAUGAAUAUCCGCAGUUAGAUGAUGGUUUUGUGCCUAUUGUAGGCUAUGAGCACUAAGGUAUAAAGUUUGUAUGUAUGGAGGUUUGGUUUGGUUGGUUUUAUAAAAACAUUUAAAAAAGAGAAUGUUUAAAAAAUCCGAAUAUAUUAAAAUUUCUAACAAAUUAUUUUACAAUGGUAACACUGUGGAAUCGCGAAGCGUUGCUAUAAUAAUUAUGUAAAACAAAACCUCAAUUACUCACUUUUUUACCCGACUGAACAAGAGGAUAGGUAAAUAAAUUAUUAGUGUGGCAACACCGAUUAAAGGAAAGGCAUUUCUAUAUGUUAAUCGCGUUAAAAAUAUAGACAAAAAAUAAGUUUUUAAAGAGUAUAACCCGACCAAAUUCAAUCUUCUAUAAAAACAAUUCCGUUUGUUCAAUUAAAAUACAAAUACCUUUGGCUGGAUUACAGUGACUAUUGAGCUCAAACUCUUGCUACCGAUUACUUAUUUAAAAAAAUAUAAUAAGUAUGAAUGCAGAAUUUAAAGAAAUCUAUAAUUUAUUUAUUUGAUUUAUUUAUAUGACUAUAAAAAUCUUCACUAAAAUAGUUGGCUCGACCAUUAUAGAUGGCGAUACGGCUCACCACCUAUCACGUUGGUCUAACAGAAAGCUCGGUGAGGUGUGGGUACUUA